GAGUUCAGCCACUUCCCACCGUGUAUUCGGAAUCAUUCACUCACUCUCCUAUCAGCUAUGGAGGGAUUUCUACCUUGUGGACUAGACAGUUGACUUAUCAGUCCAAUGAAAAUUUGUUUUGGAACACUACUUGGGAUGCCAGAAAUUACUUACAGGAUUAACAUCAGCUGGUGGACCAUCCGUUAUAAAUACUCAACAACCAAGUACGUUACGAUGACAUCGUAUUGUUUUGACCCGAGUGCAUUUCACAAAAUCAGUUGUCAAUUAUCUAUCUACCUACUUACAGUGGUUAUAAAAAGUCUACACCCCCCUGUUCAAAUGCCAUGUUUUUGUGAUCCAAAAAUUGACACCAGGAAAAAUGUAAACUUUUUUCCUCCAUUGGUGUGACCAAUAACCUGUACAACUCAAUGGAGAAAACUAAUUAAGUAAGUCCGAGACGGGAACUAAAAAUAAACUAUAACUGACUAUGUGGAUGUGUUCAGUUUUCAGAAUGAACCGAUCACAUUCAAACUCAUGUUGAAGAGGGGUCAGCCCACACCUGGCAACAUUCAAAGUGCCUCUGACUAACCCAAAAUAAAGUUCUGAUGUUUUCUAGUAGGCUUUUAUCAUUUUUUGUUGUUGUUGUUGUUGUUGUUGCAUCGUACAGCACAAGACACAGUCCGCAGAGCUUCCACAGCGUCAAUGGGGGGAAAAAAAGUAUUUUUCUUCUCGAGCUCAUAUUAAUGGUGGAAAAAAAGUUUUGAGAUGAUCUUGGUCUAACUUUUUGAAUACCCCCAAAACCUGACAUUGGGACAUGUGCAGAGAUUAUUUUAUAUCCACUGUACAUUAAAGAGAUUUCCCCACCACAAUUAAUGAAUUGCACAGCCUGACCAAUCUUUGGUUGGUGUUUUUUUUAACAAUAUUCGAUUCACUUAAAACAAACAACUGACAUGUCUUUCAGUUGUAAUCGAUGAUGAUCGAGCAUAGGUACUUGAGUACUUGUAUUUGUUCGAGGAAUGGAGAUGCUUACAAGCGAUGUCACGCAUGGGCCGGCCAGCUCCAACAUUCCUGCAGAAGUCCAGCGAAGGGCCGAGGAUAUAAGGACCACCCUCAUACUGGUGCCAGACAAAGGCGUGAGGGUCCCACAGAAGAAUCAGCAGCACGACUUCCGGUCCAGACAGGAUGUCUUCCUACCGCCGUCAGUUCGAUAGUGCCCUCACAGAGGCGCCUCGCGCCUACCAACUCCGGGUGCGUGCGCACCGCGUCUCCGACCGCUCAGGAGAUCCGACACCGUUCUGCUAGCCCCAUUCGGAGUGGGCGGAAAGGUCUAACUCACCUUUGAAGGAAAUACCGUAAUCGUUAUCAGUAAUCCAUUUGGAAGCAUUUGUGUAACGUGUGUCUUAUGGGCAGUGCCAACGUGGGGACGUCCACGGGCCUGGGACCAAACCUGGACAUGGACGCGGCUUCGACCGAGAACCAGGCUUUUAUGACGACCUGGACCGCCGAGAGGCGGGAGAUGGUGGCCCUCGAUGACCAUCUGGCAGUGUACAUCGAUAAGGUCCGUACACUAGAGUCCAAAAAGAAGAUUCUGGAGGCUGAAAUUGAGGCCCUGAAGAGCCGACAUGUCCCCCCCCCUUCGGGCCUCAGGCACCUGUACGAACGCCAGCUGAGGGACCUCAACCGGGCCGCCGAUCAAAUGGACUCGUCUUUGGCUCCCAAGGAGGCCAUGUUGGGCCAGCUGGACCCGCUGUGGACCAAAUACGAAGGGACGGUGGACCGUGCUAGGAAAAAGGCAGAAAGCGAGAUUACCAACCUCCGCCCGGAACUCGAGGAGCUGUUGCAAAAUAUCUACUGGACCACCGCCAAGAUCGCCGUCUUUGGAGUCCCGGACCUCUCGUCAGCUCUCAGGCAGAUCCAGUCUCAAUACGACUGCCUCGCAGCCAAAAACCUUCAGGAAAUGGACACUCGGUACAAGCAGUUUCAGGAACUGAACCACGCGUCCACCAAACGCGUCCGUGGCGUGAGGGAGGAAAUAGGUUGUUAUAAGAAAGUUGAGUGCAUUGAAACCCUCGAGCUGGAGCUGAAGGUGACCAAGGAGAAGACUGCUUUGCUUCUAUGGGAAUAUCAGGAUUUACUCAACGUCAAGAUGGGUUUGGAGAUUGAGAUUACCACAUACAGAGGAUGUGAAGGUUUGGAGGAGUGGGGAGCACUGAUUGUCGGUGAAGCUCUUACAGAAGAGCACUCACCGCGUGACACGCAGAUUGGUGAAAUAAACGAGGACCAGGCCACCGAGAUGUCUGAGAGCAAGAUGGUCCACAUCAGAGUCAUUGCGGGGCUUUUCCAUUCCGCGACAACAAGGCACUCUAAAACAGCCACACCAGUGCGGCGAACCGGUCCACACGUUCAUUGGAUGUCAGAACAGUCAGUUAAGACGGAGGACACUACUCAGAGCGACACGCAGGAGCGCACCAUCACCAUUUCUGUUGCAGCUGAGGAACAAUCAUCAAACUAAGCCCCCAAACUUCCAUAGUUACUGGAAACAAAAUUAACAUCUAAAAGUGGCGUGGCUUCUCUUACAACAACGACUUGUGAGCCUCCUCAAUGUCUUAAUAAUCCUGUGUGAGAGCGUGUGUGGAUGAGCUUUUUUUUUUUAAACAACAAAAAACAUGCAAGUAAUGAAAGUGUACACUGUGUUGAUUUAAUAAUUUAUAAAAAAAAAAAAAAAAAAAAAAAAAAAGACAACUUUCUAUUGAUUAUUAUUCAUUUUGGGCAGCCAAGUCCAACCAGGAAGUCGGAUUGCCAAGUGUAAACAUGAUUU